UUGACUGUGGCCAGCAACGCGAUGUUCAGCUCUAGAACCAAGCACAUCGCGCUCCGGUUCUUCUUCCUCAGGGAACUCACGAAGGGGCACCGGAUCACUCUUCACCACCAACCUAGUGCCACGAUGUUGGCGGACAUCGCGACGAAACAUCUCCCGAAGCAGCGAUUCGCCACCAUCAUGCAACUCAUCAAGGACUACAAGUGCUAGAAAAUAUUAAGCACAAGAUCGCAUAUGGUUGAAUGUUUUGAACGCGUGUAUUGCUCACAGGAUGGAUUCAGUCAUGUGGAGGUCGAUAUUCUUUGAUAUGGAUUGGGAAUCGAGGGGUCGCAAGAAUGGCAGCGAAGUGAAGGUUGUUUGGAACAUCGGCUACUUGCCUAAUCGAGGGAUCGUGUCGAGGAAAACUGUUACAACGUAGUCAGGCACAGUUUACCAUAGGUGCGACUGCGGCAACUAGCCUUCCGUAGACAAAAUACAGAAAGAAGAGAUGGUACUCAGCAGAGAACAUGAGCACAGAGUUGUAGCGGAGAUAAUUUGGCAGGCGAGACUGUAGUUGUUUUAUUGUUCCGAACCCCGAAAUUCCGGUACCCGGGCCAUUACUCCGGAGACCCUCGGAACCUGCUGUGUUUUUGCUGCUUGUUUCUUGUUUUUGUUUUGUUGUUGAGAUGAGACACAAGCGCGCCUUCGCCCCUUGUGCUCACUCUCAUCUAGCACCCAUCAAAGCCUGACCAGGAAGUCAGUUGAUAAGAAAAUCUAUCUAUAUUUCUCUUUCAAGAGCUCGCUCGGGCCUACCGAUCUCACAGCAGUGUAGACCAACCUCUGUGAUAGAGCGGUGACAGCAGUGUAACCUCUGUGGUAGACUACAAAGUCUACGAGCUACAGCAGCUCCGCCACCUCCGCUGCUGCAGGACGCCACAUUCUGUGAGUAUGCACGGAACUGCAACAAUUGCGGAAUGUAUGCACAUGUAUUUCCUCAGGUGCUGCCCGCUGCUGUGCGCUGUGCGUGCAUCGACCAGAUACUCCUACAAGUGAUUGUGUGUCGAUUGGAGCCUUGUCGAGGGAGAUCCAGUUGGUGGGGUCAAUAACGUUAUCGACCCCACCAGUGGGGUAGCGGCGGUAUGUUCCCCACCGACCGUGGCACCACGAAAACUGUGCCGUUUCGGCCUCACGAUGGGUCUAUUGAUAGCCCUGCACCGCAGCAGCACACCCGUACAAGUCCUGCGCCUAUCGGAAUCUUGUACAGCGAGAUACAGCUGGUGGGGUGUGUAAGGCUUGACCACCCCACCGCUGGGGUGGUUAAGAAAUUACCCCACCGCUGGGGUGUUUAGCCGUGCCGUACAUGUUUGUAUACUACAGACAGACAGGGACGAUCGGAGCUGUGAUCGGAGCUGUAGUCCCGAACACCCUUGCCAUUGUGAGCGAAAAGUGGGCGGGGACGAUAGUCUCCUUGCCGCUCGUACCCCUGCCUGUAGGCACAACAGCAGCAGCAGAAGUAACCCAAUCACCACCAUCAUCAUGGACAUAGAAAACCAAUGGCAUCCAGAGACGGUUCCACAUGUUGUCUGGGAAAAGCUGCUGGCCAUCGCGAACUCGACGCCAGAGCAACUUCCCGAUGCCACGGCUGCUGCAGCCCGGGCGGUAGGGUAGCGCUAUUGUCAACACGGGGCAACAGGGCCGCAGCCCCUACCCGAGAUCAACAACCUNGUACCCCUGCCUGUAGGCACAACAGCAGCAGCAGAAGUAACCCAAUCACCACCAUCAUCAUGGACAUAGAAAACCAAUGGCAUCCAGAGACGGUUCCACAUGUUGUCUGGGAAAAGCUGCUGGCCAUCGCGAACUCGACGCCAGAGCAACUUCCCGAUGCCACGGCUGCUGCAGCCCGGGCGGUAGGGUAGCGCUAUUGUCAACACGGGGCAACAGGGCCGCAGCCCCUACCCGAGAUCAACAACCUUGCGGAACGGACGACCGUGGCGCAGCAGCACCCCGGUCUCUGCGGGUACCAUUACUCUCGCUGCAUCGGGAGGGGCGGUCACAACGAAGCGUUUAAGGAAUCAAGCGUGCCCAUGGCAGCUGCUGUAGGAUGCAAGGUACUUGGUCGCGUAAGGACGGCGAUACACAUGUGUGCGUUGAGCAGUGCGUCAUUUGUCUGCACUAGAAGGCUUCGUUCGACACGAGCAUUCAGAUGAAUGCAAGGGGUCGCGGCGUGCAGAUGACGAGGAGCGACUGCUUCACGCAGGCGUGCCGCGCGGUGUGGGCGGGAAAUGAACCCGUGCCGGCGGCCAUCGCGGACGCACUCUUGUCAUGAUAUUUGAUGGUGUGCGAUAGGCUGCUCAUGGGGCGUGAGGGAUGGGUUGUGUGCUGGACGACGACUUACUCACGAGGAUUUGGAUGAAUUGCGCGCCGAAAUGCAUGUCCAU